AUGGUAUCUCGAUGUCGUUCUGACCAUGUAGUGCAAUACACUAGAUUACAGGCUGCGACUGGAAGCUCUUCGCACUGUUCAACGAUCUACGAAACGCCCCUGACUCUCUCCGAGAAAGUGCUGUACAGUCAACUGAUUACAGGCGAGAAUGACUGGUCACUCGAUAACAUAUGGCGUGGAAAGACGAUACGGGUCCUGCGGCCAGAUCAAGUUGCUUGCCAUGACGCCACGGCGACAAUGGCGCUUUUCGCCGGCCUCCCGUGGGUCAGAGUACCGACUUCAGUACACAGUGACCGCUUGAUAGUAGCCGAAAAGGGAGACAAGCAGGAUCUCGCGCGAGGCGCAAGCAACCACAAAGAGGUAUAUGCCUUCCUUGGCAGUGCGUCGAGAAAAUAUGGGAUUGGCUACUGGAAGCCUGGAGCGGGAAUUAUUCACACGACUAUCUUCGAGAACUACGCAUUUCCUGGCGGGCUCAUGAUCGGUACCUACUCGCACACACCCAACGCUGGAGGAAUGAGUAGGCUAGGCAUUGGCGUUGGCGAUGUUGACGCCGUCGACGCAAUGUCUGGUAUGCCUUGGGAGCUCGCAUCCCCAAAGGUCAUUGGCGUUCGCCUGACUGGCAAGUUCCAAGGAUGGAGCUCACCCAAGGACAUUAUCUGCAAAGUUGCUGGCAAGGGCAAGAUUAUCGAAUUUUUCGGCCCUGGUACCAACACAUUAGGAGCGACUGCAAUGGCAACGGUAUGCAACAUGUCUGCUGAGGUUGGAUCUACGUCGUGUAUUUUCCCCUAUUCAGGAGCUACGUCGCGUUAUCUGUUAGCGACGAAUCGGGAAGAAAUAGCAAAAUACGCCUACACUUUCAAGAAGGAACUGCUUGUGGCAGAUGCGGGCAGCGACAGAUAUUACGACAACCCUCACAUCAAUGGCCCCUUCACCUCUGAUCUGGCCCAUCCGCUCUCGAGAUUUAAGCAGCACAUUAGCGAGAACUCUUGGCCCUCGGAGCUAAGCUGUAGCUUGGUGGGAAGCUGCACCAACAGCUCACAUGAGGACCUCGAGAAGGUCCGAGAUCUUGUCGUCCAAGCGCGAGAGGCCGGCUUGGAGAGAACCAAGACACCCUCCUUGGUCAGCCCUGGCAGUGAACAGAUUCGCGCAACGGCUGAAGCAGAAGGGAUUCUUACGACCUUGAGGCAAGCUGGCGCCACGGUGUCGAGCAAUUCCUGUGGUUCAUGUGUUGGUCAAUGGGACCGCAAAGACGUUGAUAUUAAGGGCGCCGAAGAGAACUCUGAUGGCAAUCCUGCAACUCACUCCUUCGUGAUAUCGUCCAAGCUAGCAACAGCGUUCGCGUUCGUUGGCGACCUCACCUUCAACCCGAUCACCGAUAGCAUCUGUACCACAUUCUCCCCACCAAAAGCCGACGAACUACGAUCCGUCUUUUCACCCAAUACUUACCGCUUCCAACCGCCUGUCAUGUCCGAUACCUCGGAUCUAAUAGUCAACAUCGACCCAAGCAGUGAUAGCCUUCAACUGUUGACACCUUUUAGCCCCUGGCAGAGCGGACAAGCAAGCGACAUGAAUAUCUUGACCAAGGUCCGCGGAAAAUGCACCACAGACCAUAUAUCCCCUGCCGGUCCAUGGUACAAGUAUCGUGGCCAUCUGGAAAAUAUCAGCAACAACAUGCUGCUCGGCGCCACCAACGCGUUUCUUCCGGGCUACAGCUCGUGGGAAAAUAUCGGUAAAGCUACGGAUCCUGUCGAUCAGUUAAUCAAGCCUGUUCCGCAGGUAACGCGAAGUGUGAAGAAGGCUGGCAUCAGAUGGUGCAUCGUCGCAAACGACAACUACGGAGAGGGUAGCUCGCGAGAGCAUGUCGCUCUAGAGCCGCGGUACUUAGGAGGUGUUGCUAUUAUCGCCAAAAGCUUUGCGAGGAUUCACGAGACGAUUUUGAAAAAGCAGGGCAUGCUGCCGCUUACAUUUAGUAACACUGGUGACUAUGCGAAGAUCAAGGAUGGCGACCACUUGAGCCUGUUGGAUGUUGAGGAAGGAGAAUUGCAGCCUGGGAACCAAGUUACGAUGGAGAUUGUAACGCAUGAGGGCUCCAGGUGGAAGGCAAAGUUGAACCACUCUUAUGAACUCAACCAGGUCAGCUGGCCUAGAGCCGGAAGUGCGCUUAAUUACAUCAAACAUGUUGUUCUUGGUCAGAAAGCAUAA